UCCUGAACCACAGAGCUGGGUAAAAAUGGCUGAAGUAGACUUCGGUGAUAGUGAGCUCUUUGAGCAGCUCGAGGACUCCGCACCGCCGAUCCCGGCGCAUAUCCGUUUCACAGAUGAUGAAGAGGAGCAGGACGAAGCGAGCCAGCUGCGGAGCAGACUGGAGGAGUGUGAUGACUACAUCCAGCGGCUCACGGAGGAGAAUAAAGGGUUAAGAAGAAAGCUGAACAUCCUGACACGACCAAGCGGCAUCACAGUUGAAGAUGUCAACAUCGACGGACCAGCUCUUCAGAUCCUUUACACAAACAACGUCAUUUCAAAGCAGUGUCGUCAAGAGAUUGAAGAUUGCAUCUGCAGUGUGAUUUUGAAGCACCAGAAACCGAACAAUGAAAAGAAAAACACCAUCUAUCAAAUGAAACCUCAGAAUGCAGCUUUUGCUUUGGAGGAAGAUCCGCAGAAGUCCUCUUCCUGUAGCGUAAAAACAACAACAGAAGCAUUUAAAGUGGUUGGAAGUGUCUUAUAUUUCACCACAUUCAGUGUUGAUAAACUUGGACAGCCUCUGGUGAAUGAAAACCCCCAGCUGACGGAUGGAUGGGAUGUGCCAACCUAUCACCAGGUGUUCAACCAAGUCCUCGGCACAGAUGGGCAGGAGAUAGAAAUGAAAGACAAAAGACCCAAAUCCAUGUGUUUCAACUGUGGCUUGAGUAGUCAUCAGCUGAGAGACUGUCCCAAGCCUAAAGACAUGGCUGCAAUUAAUGAGAGAAGAAAGGAGUUUAAUCAGAGCAACAACCAGGGCAUGCAGAGUAACCAGCGAUACCAUGCUGAUGAAGUAGAGGAGCGGUUUAGUAAAUACAAACCUGGAGUCAUGAGUGAGGAGCUAUUGUCAGCGCUGGGAAUCGAUGGCAACACCCUCCCUCCUCUCAUUUAUCGCAUGAGGCAGCUCGGCUACCCGCCCGGUUGGCUCAAAGAGGCAGAGAUGGAAUACUCAGGCUUAACACUGUAUGAUGGAAAUGUUUCAAAUGAUGGUAACGUAACAGACAAUACCAGUUCCCAAAACAUCUCUUAUGAUGUUUCUAAACUGGUGGAUUUCCCAGGUUUCAACGUACCUGCAUCACACAACAUGAAAGAUGAGUUCAUGCAGUUCGGAUCUAUUCCAAUGCAGUCCAGUCACAUGAAGCAAAACUAUGCAGCCUACCUGUCCAACAACUUCCCUAUGCCCGGUGCCACCUGCAACAAGAGGCCGCAUGAAUCUGACUCAUCUCCACAGCGAAGGAAGAGAACAAGGACCAGUCCUGAUCGGAACUCAGAUAGGAGCUCGGAUAUGGAUAUUGAAUCGGAUCCAGGAACACCUUAUCACGGCCCAGGUGACUUCCAGUUCCAACCUCCGCUGCCCCCUGGCUCCCCUUGCUUCAGUUCACCACCUCCUUUACCCCACGGCACUCCACCUGCUACACCCACUCCCCCACCUCUCCCUAAAGGUACACCUCCUCCCACACCCACCAACGGCUCUCCAGCUCUACGAGGGCAUAACUGGGUAGUGGCUGAUGAGACUGCGCGAACAGAAGAUGAGUUGACACUGGAGGAACUGGAGGAGCAGCAGAGGCUGAUAUGGGCAGCUCUAGAAAAUGCUGAAACUGCCACUAAUAGCGACUGUGAGACACCUGCAGCGGGAACGCCUGCACCCAGUUCACCAAGUGUGUCCACACCAAGUGUGUCCACACCUGCGCGUGUCGAUUCAGAAAUAGAGGAGGCUGGUGAAGCAAUGGACCUAACGACACCUGUAGAAAUUGGUCAUAGCAGUGAAACUCAAACUGGCGUACCAAUGGUUCCGGAGAUUCCCUCUCAAAGCCCUGGACCGAUUAAAGUCGAAGAUGACAGCCCUCAGAGUCCUGGUCCAGUUAAAUCCCAAGAUGACACCUCCCUGAGUCCUGGUCCAGUUAAAUCCCAAGAUGACACCUCCCUGAGUCCUGGUCCACUCAAAUCCCAAGAUGACACCCCUCUGAGUCCUGGUCCACUCAAAUCCCAAGAUGACACCCCUCUGAGUCCUGGUCCAGUUAAAUCCCAAGAUGACACCCCUCUGAGUCCUGGUCCAGUCAAGUCCCAAGAGGACAGCCCUUUGAGUCCUGGUCCAGUAAAAUCCCAAGAAGACAGCCCACAAAGUCCUGAUCCAAUCAAAAGCCAGGAAGACAACCCACAGAUCCUUGAUCUAGGUUUCUUAGAUGGGGGCGCUGGAGAUUGUGCUUCUCCUAAACCUGAUGGGAGGAUAACAGCUGUUCCUCAUCGGAGCAAGUUUGCAGCUGGCAUCGUUCCAUUUGAAGACACACCAGAGUUCACAGAAGUUGCCGAAGCCACAGGGACGUACCUCAGGAUCAGAGACUUGCUUAAAAGUUCCCCUCGAAGUUUGGCCAAGAAAAAAUAAAAAAUUACUGUCUUCAGUCGGAACACAAGAAUACAUGGAUUUUUCUUUUACCAAAAACUUCUAUUUUCAUUUUCAUGACCAUCCUAUCAGCAUUUUUUUAGCUGUCUUAUUAUUUUGUACCAAACUGAAUGUCUAUGGCUGUGUAUAUACAUUGGAUCUGUAAACAUACAACGGGGAAGGGGCAUUGAGGGAUGCUGUAGCAGUUUGUGGGUUUUGACCAUUUAGUCUCAGUUUUUUGUAGCAGCUGCGUUACUCCUGCUGUUUAUUUUAUUGUAAAACUUGUAAAAAUGGUAAUUCCCUGGCCUGUAUUAAUUUUAACAUCAUUGUCUUUGAAUGGGUUUUUAUAUUUUUGUCACUGAAUGGCUCUAAAAACAUGAAGUAAACAUACUUUAAUUUG